AUGACAAGGAAGGGUAAGAAAGCUGUUGAUCAGAGUCCUCCCAAGAAGAAAGGUCCAAAGAAUACCUCAACUGGACCCAUCAGCAGUAAAUCUGUGUCCAAGAGUACCUCCACUGGUCCUAUUAAGAGUAAGGUUGUGCCUAAGAGCACCUUUGUUGGUCCUACCAAAUCUUGGAGCAAGGUUGUCCCCGAGAAAAGGAAGGCUCAAGUUAUUGCAGAUUCAGAUUCUUAUGUUGCUAUGGAUGUUCAAGACACCCCAUUGAAGAAGAAGCUAACAACUAGCAAGCUUGCUACUAGUGUCCUUGAGGCACCUAUUGAUAACAUCUCUUUUCAUUAUCCCUCAAGUGUCAACAGGUGGAAGUAUGUCUACCAGAAGAGGUUGGCUUUCGAAAGGGAAUUGGCUCAAAAUGCCCUUGAAUGUAAGGAGAUUAUGGAACUGAUUCAUGAAGCAGGUUUGAUGAAAACUGUUACUCAUUUCUCUAAGUGUUGUGAGAUGUUGGUAAAGGAGUUUAUAGUGAAUCUAUCAGAAGACUGUGCUGAUAAAAAAUCCAAAGAUUUUAGAAAAGUGUAUGUGAGAGGAAAGUGUGUCACAUUCUCUUCAACUGUCAUCAAUAAUUUUCUUGGAAGGUAUAAUGAAGCUCAACCUGAGCUGGAAGUUUCUGACAACAAAGUGUAUCAGGUGAUCACUGCUAAGCAAGUGAAGAGUUGGCCCCUCAAGGGAAAGUUAACUGCUAGCAAGCUUAGCAUCAAGUAUGCCAUGCUUCACAAGAUUGCAGCUGCCAACUAG